CACUCCAUUCCUUAUAAUUCUCUCUCUAAUUACCGCCAUUAAUUCUCCGAAACCCACUCUCACUCACCAUCUUUCUCUCUCUUUUUCCACUUAUUAUUGUUCUUCUUGCACUUUCUUUUUACUCUCUCUUCUUGGAACAUAUAUCAUCGCUCUUGUUUAUGGCGGAAUCUUUGAAAUAUUGUUAGGGUUUUUGGAAUGGGAGGUGAAUUCAUUUCUGGAUUUCAGCAAUGGUAGCUGCUGUAUCAACGACGAUAAACUCCAAGACUGCCCCUCAGAAAGGGCCUCCUCCUCAUCUUCAUCCUACGCGACACAAUUCGAACAGGCUUCCUUUAUUUCCAUCUGAGUCCGACAAUGCAAUCCAUCCACGCAAGCCCAAAUCGCGGGAGGUUACUUCUCGAUUUAUGCCUCCAUCCAACUCAUCUUCCUCGCCCUUGCUUACGAAACGUUCUUCUUCUCCUUCACUCUCUAGAACUUCCAGUUUAGCUGCUACGCCGACGCAGGCUGCUUCGUCUCUCAAUAAGCGUUCUACAUCGGUGGACCGCAGGAGAGUUGGGACUCCUAGGCCUUACUCUCUUGAUUUCAGGACUGGGUUUGAUAAUGGUGGACUGGGGGAGAUGCCUGCCUCUCAGAAGUUAUUGCUUACUUCUACGAGAAGCUUAUCUGUUUCAUUCCAGGGUGAGUCUUUCUCUUUGCAAGUUAGUAAGGCGAAACCAGCUCCUUCACCAGGUGCCAGGAAGGGUACGCCUGAACGCAGGAAGUCGACGACGCCAGCGAGAGGAGGCGGUGUUGCGGACAAAGCAGAGAACUCAAAGCUAAUUGUAGAUCAGCAUAGAUGGCCAGCGAGGUUGCGGCAGGAAAAUUUGAUGACCAGGAGUUUGGAUUGUGAGGACAUGGCCGAGAGGAGGAGAGUUAGUGGUGGAUCUGUGAAUGUCAUUAGGCAGUUGCAGGAUUCAAAGGCUCAGGGUAGGGCUUCUUUUGAUGGGGUUUUGAGCUCGGAUUCUGUAACUGCGGGAAUGGAGAAAGCGGAUGAACUUGUUGUGGACGCAAAUUCAGAAAAUUUAUCUGAUCAUUCUAAUGUACUUUCGUCUGAUUCGGAUAGCGUCUCUUCAGGUAGCAAUUGCGGAACUCAAGAUUACAGUCCUAACGAAGGACAGGGGCAGCGUGGACCUCGAGGAAUUGUAGUGCCAGCAAGAUUUUGGCAGGAGACAAACAACAGGUUGCGGCGCCAGCCGGAAAACGGCUCGCCUUUGUCAAAAAACGUUGGGGCAAGAAGUUUAGCUCCUUCAAAGCUUACCGUGACAAAGAAGUUUGCAAUGGAUAGUCCUACAUCAACUCCACGGGAAAUUGCCAACAGUAGAGGUCAAUUGUCUCCCAUUCGCGGUUCACUUAGGCCUAUGUCACCAAGUAGGCUGUUAGCAUCGUCCACAGGACCUCGGUUGAGGAAUUCUGUGGGGAGUACACCUCUUAAUAGUUUGAACAGCAUUCCAUUAUCAAUGACAAGUUUUGUUGCUGAUGCCCGAAGGGGGAAGAUUGCGGAGAACCGAAUUGUAGAUGCACACUCAUUGAGGCUUUUACAUAAUCGGCUACUGCAAUGGCGUUUUGCCAAUGCCCGAGCAGAUGCUGCACAAUCCGGCCUCAGUUUGAAUGCAGAGAGAAGCCUCUAUAACGCUUGGCUGAGUACUUCAAAGCUGCGUGAAUCUGUUAGAACAAAAAGAUCAGAGUUACAGUUACUCAAGCAAAAACUAACGUUAACCACCAUCCUCAGCUGGCAAAUGUUGCAUUUGGAAGAAUGGGAUGAACUGGAUCAAGACUUUUCCAACAGUUUAUCAGGUGUUACCGAAGCUUUGAGGGCUAGCACCCUUCGCCUGCCAGUUGUUGGAUCGGCAAAGGCGGAUGUCCAAGGUAUUAAGGACGCCAUUUCCUCUGCCGUUGAUGUGCUGCAGACAAUGGCAUCAUCCAUUUGUUUUCUAUUAUCAAAGGUUGGAAAAGUAAACUCUCUUGUUUCUGAGCUUGCGAAUGUGAGUGCAAAGGAAUGUGCUUUGCUUGAGCGGGUAAAAUGUCUGUUGUCUGCAAUUGCCGUACUACAGGUGAAAGAGUGUAGUCUGCGUACGCAAAUUUUACAGCGGAGAUACGUACCUUCAACCUGACAACUUCUUACAUGUAAAAGCUGUUGACUGUCACAAAGCUAACAUUAUAGCAGAAGAUCAAACUCUUUCCUUUUUUUUGGAAGCAAUAAGGACAUCUGGAUGCUUGUGGUUUUCUGAAGCAGAUGAGUGUCCACAUAUUUGAUUUGGGUUUUGUUUGUUUAGAGGAAAAUUGUAAGUAUUGUGCAUGUGCGUGUAUAGGUAGCAGAGAUUGUCCUUAAUGUCAAAUUAAUUUGUGUACAGUCCAUUCAUUACAGACCAGAGGUUUUCAUUUAUAAAAUAUGAAUUGGUGUGUUCUUUUACAAGUAAUGUCUAGUCUGGUUUCUUCA